UACAGCUGAUGCAGAUUCCUAUUCCUUUUCGAGGUGUGAGCAACAUGUUGGGAUCGGUUUUAUCCAUUCUGCUCGUUUUAACCCUGCAAACCCAUGACAGGGCAGUGGAGGGAGCAGAGCAGCGAGCUUAUAAUUACACCAAGUACCACACCAUGGAUGAGAUCUCUGAGUGGAUGAAGAUGAUGAUAAAGGAACAUCCUGACGUCGUUACCAGCGUCGUCUAUGGAAACACGUAUGAAAAGAGGAAUAUCACUCUGCUGAAGAUCGGUUUGAGCAGCACAGAGAAAAAGAAGAUAGUCUGGAUGGACUGUGGGAUUCACGCUCGAGAAUGGAUCGCUCCAGCUUUCUGUCAGCACUUUGUCAAGGAGAUCCUAGGCUCCUACAAAACAGACUCAAAGAUCAGCGAGAUGUUGAAACAUUUGGACUUGUACAUCACCCCAGUGUUGAACAUGGACGGAUAUAUUUACUCAUGGAAAGACAACACGACACGGUUAUGGAGGAAGACAAGGUCACCUGGAUCUGAUAACUGUACAUGUUUUGGUACGGAUCUCAACCGCAACUUCUAUGCUAACUGGGGAAUGGUGGGAAUUUCCCGAAACUGCUGCUCAGAGAUCUAUAAUGGACCCUCGGCUCUUUCGGAGCCCGAGGCCAAGGCGGUGACAGACUUCCUGAGUGACAAUCGAGACAACAUCCUCUGCUUCCUCACCAUCCAUUCGUACGGCCAGUUGAUCCUGCUGCCUUAUGGGCACCCCAACAUCACCGCCCCCAAUCAAGACGAGCUGAUGAAAGUGGGUCUGGCUGCAGCGGAGGCCAUUAAAUCUGUUCACGGAAUGGACUACACAGUGGGAACAUCUCCUAAAGUGCUUUACCCCAAUUCGGGCUCGUCUCGUGACUUUGCGCGUCUCAUCGGCAUUCCGUUUUCCUUCACGUUUGAGCUACGUGAUAAGGGUCAGUACGGAUUCAUGCUGCCGGAGGAUCAGAUCCAACCCACGUGUGAGGAGGCGUAUCAGGGCGCGCUGUCCAUCAUCACGCACGUCCACGAUAAAACCUUCGUCCGUGCGGCGGCUACAAGCAUCGCAGCCACGCUGUGGAGUAUUUGUCUGGCUCUGUGGCUCUCUAGCGCCACCGUCUGAGCUGAAAUCAAUCACAUAUUUUAAAUAACAUGGUUGAUUCUGUUAUUAUCUCCCCAGUUACAUAAACAACCUGUAGUAUUAUUCACUUAUAAACAACUCUGGAAAUAUAAGUAUAAAUGGUGCAAUUUUGUUAGAAAUAAAUUUUAAAGGUAUGUAUGUAUUUCUACCCCCCAUGCUAAUAUUUAUCCAUAUAAUAUAUAAUUAAAACAUUAUAUUCUAAAUGUAAAAUAACAAUAGUAUUUUAUAAAGAUUAUAAAUACUAUUAUAACAUAGUUUAUAAGAUUGUCUUUCUGUUCCUUCCGUAAAUGAUCUGACUUAUUAUACACUUUUGUAAAUGUAUUUGGUGCAUCAUGGGACUCUGGCAGCCUUGUUAUCUAUUCUAGACAGACCAGUAUUUCAGUAGGAUAGAACAAUUUACUUAAUUAAAAACAGAAUAUAUAACGGGAAAAAUAUAACUAAAGUCUUAAUGAAUGCAUCCUCAAGCCAUUAAAACACUUAGAUAUCGAUGAAUACAGGUUUAUGGGACCCAUUAGGCUAAAUCCUAUCAAGACAAUGCAGUAUUUUAAAGAAAACGGUUUUUAUUUAUUUCUCAAUUGACCUUCAAAUGAAUUUAUUAAUUCUGCUAUUGAAAGAUGGUGGAAACAGUGACUAAUAGGCAAUGGUGGGAUGUGGUAGCUCAGUAGUUAACGUUGGGCUACUGAUCGGAAGGUUAUGAGUUCGAACCCAAGGUCCACCAAGCUGCCACUCCUGAGCCCUCAACUGCUCAGUUGUAUAAAAUGAAAUGAAAAAAAAAUGUAAGUCACUCUGGAUAAGAGUGUCUGCUAAAUGCCGUAAAUGGUUUGUGUAACAUUAAAUGAGUCAUCAGAGA